GCCUUAUAAUUUGUGAAUCCGCACAUUUCAGUUUUCCUUUCUCUCCCUCUCCGAAUCUGCUCCCAGUUCUUGCUUGCUGUCAGAGCCCAACCUAUCUUCUACAAGGUGAUAUCUUUGCUAUUAAAAUGUCGGCGGAGAUCGAAGAUAACUACGCAAAAGAUGGCACAACAGACAUCCAUGGAAACCCAGCUGACAAAAGGAAAACAGGCAACUGGAGGACUUGCCCAUAUAUUCUUGCCAAUGAAUGCUGCGAAAGAUUGGCAUAUUAUGGAAUGAGCACCAAUCUGGUGAACUACAUGAAAUCUCGACUUAAUGAAGGUAACGCAGUGGCAUCAAAGAAUGUCAAUAACUGGUCUGGAACAUGCUACAUCACGCCUCUGCUGGGAGCUUUUGUGGCCGAUGCCUACUGGGGCAGAUAUAGAACAAUUGCGAGCUUCAUGGUCAUCUACAUCUUCGGGUUGGUUCUUCUAACCAUGACAGCUUCUUUAAAAGGGCUGAAACCUGUAUGUCAUGGAGGCAAUUGCGACCCAACGACCGGACAAACAGUGGCAGUUUUUGUUUCUCUGUAUCUCAUUGCACUUGGAACUGGAGGAAUCAAGCCUUGUGUCUCUUCAUUUGGUGCAGAUCAGUUUGAUGAGUCUGAUGAAUUGGAGAAGAAAAGCAAGACUUCGUUCUUUAACUGGUUCUACUUCUCAAUCAAUAUAGGGGCGCUUGUUGCUUCAUCAGCAUUGGUGUACAUACAGACGCAUGUGGGAUGGGGUUGGGGUUUUGGAAUUCCGGCGGUUGCGAUGGCUAUAGCGGUUGUUAGUUUCUUUAUCGGCACGCCAUUGUACAGACAUCAGAAACCUGGAGGUAGCCCUCUCACAAGAAUUGCGCAGGUUCUCGUGGCAUCAAUGAGAAAAAGUGGCGUCAAAGUUCCGGAUGAUAAAUCAUUAUUGUAUGAGAGUUCUGACAAGGAGUCUUUGAUAGAAGGUAGCCGCAAGCUUGAGCACACUGAACUGCUGAAGUUCUUCGAUAAAGCAGCUGUGAUGACAGACGAAGACAAACUAAAAACCCCUGUAAAUCCAUGGAGGCUCAGCACAGUCACCCAAGUCGAAGAACUCAAGAGCGUUGUUCGACUCCUUCCUAUAUGGGCCACCGGCAUCAUCUUCUCCACAGUGUACAGCCAAAUGGGCACCAUGUUCGUUCUCCAAGGAAACACUCUCGACCCUCACAUCGGCCCCAACUUCGAGAUCCCCUCGGCUUCCCUCUCCAUCUUCGACACCAUCAGCGUCAUCGUCUGGGUUCCCAUCUACGACCGCAUUCUCGUCCCCAUUGUCCGCAAAAUCACCGGCAACGAGCGCGGCUUCACGCAGCUCACUCGCAUGGGGAUCGGCCUCUUCAUCUCCAUCUUCGCCAUGUUAGCUGCUGGCAUCCUGGAAGUCAUCAGGCUCAGAACUAUCGCCAGACAUAACCUUUAUGACUACAAAGGCUUCCUGCCAAUCUCCAUUUUUUGGCAGAUUCCUCAGUAUUUCAUCAUUGGAGCGGCUGAAGUCUUCACCUUUAUUGGGCAAUUGGAGUUCUUUUAUGACCAGGCGCCGGAUGCGAUGAGGAGCACAUGUUCUGCGCUUUCGCUGACCACCAAUGCGUUGGGUAAUUAUCUCAGCUCCUUGUUGGUCACCAUUGUUACAUCCAUCUCAACCAGAGAUGGGCGGCUGGGUUGGAUCCCUGAUAAUCUGAAUCGAGGUCAUUUGGAUUACUUUUAUUGGCUGUUGGCUUUGCUCAGCUUUCUGAACUUUCUGGUGUACCUUGUCAUUGCGAAGCUUUACACUUAUAAGAAACCGGUACAGGUUCAAGGUUGAUGAUGUUCUUGUAUUGAAGAAGAUUUAUGGAUAGGAUAUCUUGUGCAUUUCAAAAAGGGAAUUUUUAUUUUUUA